GUUCUGCGUACAACAAGCCUCCAGCCAUGUUGCCCCCCUACAACCGAAACAGCCCAUUUCCUGACUACACCUGGGGCUUUAACCCAUACCUUUCUGGCACUUUCCCUUUAACUGGCUCCAAGUUGCCCCCCUCCCUGUACCCGCCCCAGUUUUACCCCAGCUCCCUCUCCCCUCCCCCUCCUGUCUCCCUGCUUCCGGGGGACUCCAUGGACAGGUGCAACCUCAUACCCAGUAUACCACAAAGGCUGUGUGCCAGCCUGAAUUCUCACCCGCUGCUGCCCCUGAGAGGAAGCGGAGAACUGGGCGGCACCGGGGCGGUGAGAAGAGACAGAGCCGAGCAGGCCGAAGGGAAACCAGAACCAGAAUCUGACUCGGACCUGGAAAUUACAGACGUGAGCGACUGCAGUUCAGAGGCAGAGGGGUGCGGGUACAGCCCGCCGUGCCCGGGAACCUCGGUUAGAAGGGGCAAGACAGAGGAUGAGCGACCCAAAGGAGCAACCACCAAGAUUUCCCAAGAAAAGCCGGCGGCUCCGCUCAGCUAGACCCGCCGGUCAUUAUACAGAAACUAUAUCUAAAUGUACACUAAAUAUAUAUAUAAAUAUAUAUAACUAUACGGAUAUAUGGGGGUAAACCGCGUGCUGCGCCAAGCCCUUCCUCCCGAAACAGCAGAAAAUGUAAGCGUUAUACAGUGGUAGCAAGACCUUAGUUCAUUCAUUUGGCUGUCAGGGCAUGCUGGGAGUUGUAGUUUUGUAACACCGGUUGGAGGCCACUGUCCUCUGACCUCACAG